AUGGUGGAAUGGCUGUUACCAAGGUUGUCAGAUGAGGAUGAAGAGGGCAAGACCAGGCAGGAAUGUAUCAUCUCUGACUCCUUCUCCAUGGGGCGCGGUCCAAGCGGGAAAGAACAGUGGAAUAGCUGGGAGAUCAAUUGCAGCGAGCUCUCUCCUUGGGCUUCCGAAGAAAGUCAGACUUCUGGCAUAUGUAGUUUGGAAGGGUCAGCUCUGAUCCCUCCAGGGAACGUUUCCUAUGUGGAUGAAGUCAAAAAGACUCGGAAAAGAACGCAUAAGUCCAAGCGUGGCUCACCAUCGUUACGUCGGAAAGGCAGCAAAAAACGAAAUUCUCUGGAAUCACAAGAUGUUCUGGCAAACAAGGAAGAUGGUCCUUUAAUUUCUGAAAGCCCAGUGCUCAAUGCUGAGAAAGAGAAGUCAUCUAUGGGCACUUAUGAUAAAACAAGAAGGAAGAAAACAACGUCAAACUGCGCUCCCAUCACCGGGGCAAUAUACAAAGAGCACAAGCCACUUGUGUUGAGGCCAUCUACAUAUGGGACGGUACAGUACAAAAUUAAGAUGUUCAAUUCAGUUAAGGAAGAAUUAAUCCCUCUACAAUUUAUGGGACGUUGCCCAAAAGGUUAUGUUAUUAAGGAAAUACAUUACAGGAAGGGGAAAGAUGCAUCCAUUAGUCUAAGCCAGAUUUGAGCAACAGUGGGUUCUAACAUAAUUUCCCAAAGAAGUAAAGUAGUCGCCCAAAGCCCAGAAGAUGAUAGGGCGAGAGAGCUUGCUCCACCCUGGAGAGGUGCCCUCUCCAAAGGGCCAAAGUCCAUGAGUUCUUUAUUUAGUCAGGAAGAGCAAAAGAAAGCAUAUGUCGAUUCCCCCUUCAAUGCCACGUCUGCAACCGAGCACACUUUGUCCUCUUAUCACAGAAAAGACACAGCAGACCAAGAACAUCUAAGACCUCCACAGACAGCGCCACAGCAGCCAGCUGAUGAAUCAAAGACCCACAGAACAGAGCCACCCAGCCACCGGCACCACGGUCCUCGGAAAAAGCAGAGGCAGAAUUGGAACCAGCCUCACCAGGAAUGGGAAAGGUUCAGAGAACGAGGCUUCUGUAAAACCUCACAAGAACUAGAGAAGGGAGAGAAAUCAUGGAUCACUGAACCCGAAGAUUCUAGUCUAGAAGAAGAGAUCAUAGAACUUGAUUACCCAGAAAGUCCGUUGGUUUCUGAGGAGUCCUUCCCAUCUCCACUGUCCCCUGAAGUGGAGCACAGGGAAGAGUCCAUCCUACCCUCACAGAAGACAUUCACACCCGAACACGUCUCUUUCCUGAGGAGGAAAGAGAGGAAAGCGAGUCUGUUUCUACUGAAUUAUGCAUUUGCAUCUGAGUAUUCGGGACCACAGGAUUUGAAUCGUGGACCAGGGAAGCAAGAAGCCGGGGCGGUUUCUCUCUCUGAUGUGAAAUCCACCUCUGAACCUGCUGUUUUUUCGGAGGAGGAGGAGGACGACGAGCGCCAGGCUUACUCAGCUGUGGCGUCUGAAUCCGAGCACUCGCUCUCUCCACCCACCCUUGAGAAGACAUCUGCAUCCCUCCCGCUCUUCUCACCAGUUACACCAGACCAUCUGGUCCUGUCUGGGGAUGAGGCCUCAGACAGUAGGUGUCCCACCCCAGAGUCUGCGCCUGCCACUGAGUAUUCAGGCCCCGAGCGUGCUGCCCAAGAGUUGCUGGCAAGAACGGGUGACCAUAAGCCCCCCAUUCAAAAGAAGAGAAAGAAGACACGGAGCCUCACCCCAGUUGCAGAUGCUGCCUCUGAAUACCCUCAUUCACCAUCCUUAACCGAGAAGGCUUCUGAGCGCCACUUACCACCGCCCCUGGCUGCCACACUGAGGCAUGCAGUUGUAUCAGAAGAUGAGCGUCUAGAAAGUGAACAUUUCACGUCAGAUUCAAAACUGACACCUACAUCCUCAACUCCGCAAAAUGUAACACAGGAAUCCCCCCCGAAAACAACUGAUGUCACGCCCCAGUUCAAACCAAAAGGCAUUCCUCAGCCCGAGACUCUGUUAGAAGAAGAAAAGGGAGAUGUGCGGCCGUCUUCACCGGAUGUGGUGUCCGCAUCUCCACACGCUGUCCCACCACACGCAGCCGAGAUGCUUUCUGAAUGUCAGGUCCCACUUCCUUCAGGCCAGCGGCACUCACUUCCCUCCACCUCUGCUUCUGAACUCUCAGUACCAACACCAUCAGUAACACCAGAGUCCCAGGAGGAAGAGAUCGCCCACACGUCCCCUCUGCUUCUAAAAGGUGCCACCUCACCCACAAAUCUAUCAGAGCAAGAGCAGGAAGAGGGAGACAGGCCCUUCUCCCCCGAUUCUGCCUUUGUGUCGGAAUUCUCCUUCUCACCCUACCCAACUCAGGAAAUAGAGAAAAGAGAGCUGGGUCGCGAUUCUCCACUGUGCUUGACGUCGCCAUCUGAGCACACUGUUUUGUCAGAUGGAGACACGGAAGAGGCGGAGCUUUUUUCUCCGGAUUCAGCAUCCCAAGUUUCAAUCCCACCGUACAGAAUCCCAGAAACGGAGCACACCGAGGCCCGGCCAGACUGGUCACUAACUACGAGGUCUGCUCCAGAGUCCCCCUACUUCUCAGAAGCAGAUGGAGAAGAGUCAGACUCAUCAGCGCUCACACCUCUUCCCGAGCGUUUUGACCCAGCACAGGAGCAAAAGGCCGGGCCCUUCCCCUUCAUGCCCGUACCGGAAGACCUGAGCCUGCCACCUUCAGCAAAUCAAACAGGCCAAGCAGAAAUUACGCCAGAUGCUCCAACAAUCUCCACAUCUGUAUCCGAAUAUCUGAUCCUGGCCCAGCAGCAGAAAACGCAAACAUCUCUGGAGCCCCAGGCUGGAGGUUUGGUGCCACCAUCUUUAACCAGUGGACGGGAGGAGGGAGAUGCCAAGGGCCGCUCAGCCGCAGCUACGACAGCUGCUGCUUCAUCGGCGCAGUCGCCAACGGGAAAGGAAGAAGCCGAACCCAUUUUACCCACGUCUCAGUCCUCACUUCCACCUGAGUCAGCCUGCGUCCUUAAGACAGAACAGGAACCCAGAGCAUCCCUCUCUCUAAAAUCUGCACACGAACAGAUGGCUUUGCCAAAAGUCAGAAGGGAAGAAACUGUGCCGGAUUCUCAAGGAGCGACACACUCACCUCACGGCUCAGACACCAGAGCCUCAGCCCCAAAUGUUCCAGGGUCUGGGGUGAAACACUCGACGGCACAGGAGCCAAAGGCGGAUGUCAAACCCGAUUUAGCUCCAACUGUGACUUCUGAACUAGAACACAGAAUGUUGUCAAAGAAGGAGCCUGAAGUGGCAAAACCAUGUUCACCUCCAGAGGAAACAUCUAUUUCUGGACGUGAGGUUUUAUCUGGAGUGAAAACGGAAGGGAAGCGGGACUCCAAAAUAGCCAGGGAACUUCCUGCAGCUUCGGCGGGGAUAGAAAGGGAGGCUGAACGUGGUCCACCCGCACCGCCAGCAUUUCCAGCUUUGUCAGAAGAAAGGCAGGAAGAAACCGAAGCCAGCUUUUCUGCCACCACGGUGCCAAUAACUAAGCUUGAUUCGAACUUAACCGAGUUAGGCAGAGACGAAAGCCUGGCAGAUUCAUCUCUCACCAGCCCCGAGGGACGCCCCGGCUUAAAGCGGGUAGGGAAGAGUGAAUUAGGAAGAAGCUCGCCACCACUCAUCACAUCCAGAGGCGAGCACUCAGGCCUCACAGGGGAAGAGAAAGAACCAAUUAGAGGGGCUGCUGCUGUCGCCGACAGCUCUUCGUCUGGAGGUUCAGCUUGGCCAGGAGCAGAGAAAGAAACGAAGUUAGAUUCAUCUCCGAGUCUAUCAUCUCCACCGCAGCGUUCUGUUGGGUCAAAAGCAGAAACCGAAGAUGUUAAACCAGGUUUGCCAAUUUCCCAAGUGCCGGCAGAUGUGUCUGGGGCAGCCAGGGCAGAAGACAAACAAGGCCUUUUAUUCCCCACAGCUCUCGAUUCUGAACGCUCAGUUUCAUCACAGAAAAAGAACUUGGUGUCUGUCUCAGAGACGUCAAGGCCUCCACCCAAACUUCCUGUCGACUUAGGUAGCGAGGAAAAGAAAGAAGACAGCGAGCUUCCUCCCUCACAAGUGUCACCUGCACCUCACACAGUUCCAAAUGACAAACCUGAGGAGAUAAUCAGGUCUCCCGAGUCUGAAAAUUUAGUGUCAGACAACGUAGCCCCAACGUUACUGGCUCUCAGGGAGGAGAUGAACAGAGAAGCAGAGGAGACAUCUUCUUCGGAGCUGGGGGCUUUCCUGUCAGGAAAGCGAGAUCUCGGGAAGCUCCUGGAGACACACAGACAGUUAUCAGAAGCACCAGCUGCUGGGUCAGAACUCAUUGGUGGUAGAGAUAGAAGGGAAUCCUUAGGUAUAGACCCGUUAAAACCCUUUGUAACGGAACCAGCGUCUUCUGUCUUGGAAAUGGGCCCCACCAAGCUUAGGAGCAGAGGAAAAGAACAAGAGGAAAAGAGGGAGUUUCCUGUGCCAGCCACAUCUCCGUUAGAGACUGCUUCUUCUGACCUCCCUGUAGGGCAAAGGGAGCUCGAAAAAACCCUUCACGAGGGGCAAGCUGCUGAGGUGCCUGAUGGGAGCAGCUCUAUCGCAGAUAAACCAAACCUGGCUAGUCAACAAGUCUCAGAUAGGAAAGAGAAUUUGGAGCAAUCCAAGUCGUUUAUGACAACUGAGUCUGCCGAUGUUACAGGAACAAGAGAGAAGGACUCUCUUUCUCCAAAGGAUAACACUUGGAUUCUGGAAAAGCCAGAGGACUUGGCCAAUCAGCAUGAAGAUAGAAAACUGGGAUCUCAGCAGCUGGAGUCCCCUGGCAGCAAUGAGAUGAUGCCAGAGAAACUCAAGGCUGUUCCAUUGGAUACAGACCGCACAUCUGGAAUCAGAAAGCAGGUUCUCCCACAAGCUGUGGAAGCCCAUGUGGCAUUGCAAGAACAAGUGUCUACCCUUCAUAUAUCUAGUGGCAGGAUAGAAACCUCAUCCGCUAAGACUUCCCUUUCUGAAGAAAUAAAGUUGCCUCAGGAACCAAAGCCCGUGGUUCCAGCUGCAAAGGUGGAUCGAGGCAGAGCAGAGGAGAGGCAGAUCAAUUCUUUCACAGAGAGUGAAAAUUCGAUACCAGAGAAAACAAAUACAGAAUUUCCCGGGCCUUGCAAAGAAGAAACCCAGGAGGAAAUCAAACUACCUCUUGAAAGAACUCUCCAGAAAUCAGAGGCUGGCCCAUCGGCAGAACAGGUAAAGGCAGAAACUGCCCUUCCUGCCAGAGCAGCACGUUUCCUGGCCGAAGUUGCAGAACCCACACUGGACAAUGACCAGGAAGCAAGCACAUCGCCGGCGUCUGGUGAAAAGCCACCUCAAGAACCAGAACGGGUUCCGUCAAAGGCUGUAGAUGAUGCCGACGAACGGAGAAAACCAGCCCCCAACGUGAAAGUGUCCAUCCAAAGUAAAUAUGUCCCUGCAGUCAAAGCAGAUGUCACACCUCAAGCCCCAGCGACACCAGAGUUGGCACAAGGGCCAUCUGAGAAGUCAUCGGUGGCUGAGCAAGGUCUUCCUGCAGAAAAGGGGAAGAGAGGAAUUUCGUCCUUCAAAUCAUGGAUGUCUAACUUAUUGUUUUGAUCAAGCACUCCAGAUAAUAAAGUCAGUGACAAAGAAGAAGACUUAGAGACCCAGCCAAGUCCCUCUGUAGAGAAAGCGGCCACAGCCAUAGAGCCUAAAGGCGCAGUUCCUGCUGAGGUUAAUGCAGUUAAACUGGCUGAAGAACCCAAGGGGGUGUCAGUUAAAUCCAGCGAAAGUCAAGACCUUAAAGAAAAACUCACAUUUUUAUCAAAUGUAGAAGUUUUAAACCAGCCUGAAUCCAACUCUGAAAAUUAUGGGGAGAAAGAAUCUCAAGGCUAUUUGGAGGGGACGGGGGUAAGCUCAGCUACGUCAGCUGGUGGCAAACAUCUUGGAAUUCAACCUCGUCCCACAGGUGAGAAACUGGCCAUGGAAGAAACCCCAAACAGUGUUCCUUCCCAUGUUACCCAGAGCCAAAGACACCAGAAACCACAAAUCUCUCCUCCAUCUUCGUGGAGGAUUUCUGCUCUUCAGGAAGAACCGAGCGGUGAUCACAAAGAAACAUUGAUCUUGUCAUCGGACAUAGUAGACAAAAUGCCACAACAGUCCACGUCAGCAUCCGACUUCACAAGGACGGAGGAACCUGAGAAGCCAGCGCCAGUGAUUUCGCCAGCAGAAUCAAAAGGCGGUUUAAUUGAUCUUGGUGGAGACAGACUAAGAAAAGAAAUGCCAAAACCCACUUCUUUGGAACACGGUGAAGAGGAAGUCAAACGCCCAACAGAGAAGGAUAGCUGGGAAAUUAGAUCGUUUUCCCUGGCAGAAAAGAGGGAGCUGGCAGAGAAACAAGAAAUCAUGGCUCCCUCGGAGCUUAGGGAAAAUAAGGCGGCAGGAAAGUUGCAAAUGACGCCGGAAUCUCGACCUUUCAAGUUGGAAGAAUCAAAAGCCGCUGAGAAGCUGGAACAGCGCAUCUCUCCAAGUGAAGAGCUCAUGGAAAAACCCAGUGUGACUCUCGCUUUGGAGGAGAGGAAAGAAAAGGAAGAACAGGCAUGGGCAUCUUCAGAAGGAAAGAAGCAGGGGCGUGGACCCUACUCUCCAACUGUAGCAUGCCCGCCCUGGAGCAUCGGCUGGCUCUUUGGUGGAGCCCAACCACCUUCAUUGGUUAAACCGCAACCCAUUACUGAACAACCAGAACACAUAUUCACAGAGAUAGACCCAGAAAUUAGGGAGAGGAAGGCAGCAGAAACCCAACUACAUGCCCUGGAAGAGAGUAAAAUUUUAGUAGAAAAAAACAAGUCUUCCCGUGUGGAGCCUCCCCAUGGGGAGGAAAUGGUUGGCCCUUCUUUGACUCAGGGAGGAAAUCUCAGGGAGGAGUUGGAGAAAUCAAGUGAGAUUAGAGUGGGUCUCAACGAGGAAAGGGGGCAGUUCGCAAUGCCAGAGUUGUCCUUUGGUACUUUAGUGGCUGCUGCGGAUGAGAGUAUGCAGUCAAGAUCUCUAGCUAAGGAUGCUGAAAGGACAUCAGAGCACACUCCUAAUGAAACAGGGCAUUGAAGACCGGCCACUCAGCUGUCAUCUGUAGAACCACAAACUCUCGCUUCAGGAACUUCUCUAGAACAUCCAGUGAAGAAACCCGAAACGUGGUUGGAGGGGCCUACAGUCCACACUAUCCAGACGUCUAAAGAUCACUUGUCCACUCUUGUUUCAAAGAGUCACCCGGAAACUGCGGAGGAGGUGCACAGAAACCAACCACUCUCUUCAGCAGCAAGCAGCUAUACUCAGUUUAUGCUUAAUGCGUCAGCAAUCAGUGCUGAUGGGACGGCCUCUAUGAGAGGCGCAUCCCAGGAGCCCGGAGGCACCUCCGUGAAAGAUGAAGAAUUUGCAAUAACCAGCAAGCCAGCUGGACUUUCAGAGGACCAGAAGAGUGCCUUUAGCAUCAUUUCCGAAGGGUGUGAGAUACUGAAUAUCCAUGCUCCUGCCUUCAUCCCUUCUGUGGACCAGGAAGAAAGUGAACAAAUGCAAGAUAAGUUACAGUAUUUGGAGGAGAAAGCCUCAUUUAAAACUAUAUCCCUGCAUGAUGAGAGUGAGGAAGUUGUUUCCCAUAAAACACGGAAGGACAAGUUAGAAGACCCUGAGAGGAAAGUCACGUCACUCACAGGAAGCGAGCCAAAGGAAACUCAGAAGACAAAAGAGGAGAUAGCUACAGAGUCAGAACAGGGAAGCUUCACUUUUAUUCAACCAAGUUUCAGUGAAGAGGAGGAUUAUUUUGAAAAAUACACUUUGAUUGAUUAUAACCUUUCCCCAGACUCAGAAAAACAGAAAUUAACUCUUGAGGGUUUCCCAAAGGAAGCCAGGAAGCAGCAACUCUUCCCAGAAAGUUCAGAUGAAGGCGCCCUGGAACCCGAAUAUGACUUGGUAAAGCUGGACGAGAGAUUUUACGGUCUAGCAAAAGACUACAGCGAAUUAUCUCAUGCAGAGAUGCAGAAGUCUUCGGUCACCCAAAAACCAGAUGAUGAAAAUGUGUCGAAGGGUAUCAGUCGAGGUGACUCCAGAUCACCUGGGAUGCCUUUGUUUGAUGUGGAGGAAGGAGUGCUAUCAAGGAGUCAGAUAUUUCCACCACCGCCAAGGCUUCAACCGCAGCUUCUCGAGGAACCACCUGCUGCAUUUUUAUAUAAGGAUCUGUACGAAGAGGCGUUUGGGGAGAAAGAGAAAGGGGAGACAGCUUCUGAAGGUGACAGUGUGGCUUCUGCGUCAUUUCCAAGGAGGCAUUCUGACACUGAGGACAGAACAGGUAUGUAUUUUGAGAAGUAUAUACUCAAAGAUGACAUUCUUCACGACACAUCUGUAACUCAAGAGGAUCAAGGCCAAGGCCCGGAAGAAAAGCCAGUUGGUGAGGAUGAUUCGCAUCAACCGAGAGUUGCAGAAAGGGAUUGGGAGAAAGCCUGAAACCAGUUUUUGGAGAAGAAUCUGGAAGAACAGCACAAGGCUGUUGACAGGGAAGGAGCCUCUGUAGGCCACAUGGAGCUCCGUGGGGUAGCGGUGCAGCAGAAAGCUCCGGUUACAGAGGAAGUCAGAGCGGCCCAGAAGAUGAGCUAUGCAGUUCCGUUUGAAGACACUAGCCGUGUUCUGGAGAGUGGAGAUGAACCAAACAGCCAGGGUAACGAAGCAGGAAAUGCCAGUCCAGAGAUCCAUCUGAAUGUCCCAGUACAAGUCUUUCCAGAGGAAGAAUUUGCAGCUGGUGCCACUUACGCUUCAGAAAUACCACAAGAAGAGCUCGUCCUUUCUGAGCCACAUGAAGAGAGGUUCCACAAUCCAGUUCAGGAUGAGUAUGAGUUUGUUGACUCUCUGGUCAGUCGAGGCAUCUUCCCAGAAGAACCACAUUCAGAAUCCACACCUGAAGAUGUGUUAUCUCAAGGAACAGACUCCUCCGAGCACAUCAAGGAACAUGAACUCAUGAGUGAGGAGGAGCCAAGUAUGUCUGCCGAACAGAAGGAGUUGGACGGAAGGAGGACAGAAAAUGACCAGACUGUACCAGAGCUGGUUAUAGAGAAGACACAGAGGGAACGGAGAAAGGCCCAGGUUGACUCUUACUGCUACACCUGCAAAAGCCCAGUCUCUGAAAUGGACAAGGUGUUGGACAUUCACAAAGACCACGAGGUUUCGGCCCUGGACACAGCUAUCAGUGCUGUGAAGGUUCAAUUAGGAGAAUUUCUUGAAAACCUACAAGAAAAAUCCUUGAGGAUUGAAGCUUUUGUUAGUGAGAUUGAAUCCUUUUUUAAUACCAUUGAGGAGAACUGCAGCAAAAAUGAGAAACGGCUGGAGGAGCAGAAUGAGGAGAUGAUGAAGAAGGUUUUGGCGCAGAACGAUGAGAAAGCCCAGAGCUUCGAGGAAGUGAAGAAGAAGAAGAUGGAGUUCCUGCACGACCAGAUGGUCCACUUUCUGCAGAGCAUGGACACAGCCAAGGACACCUUGGAGACCAUAGUGAGAGAAGCUGAGGAGCUGGACGAGACCGUGUUCCUGGCUUCCUUUGAGGAAAUCAAUGAAAGGCUGCUUUCCGCCAUGGAUAGCACAGCUUCCUUAGAGAACAUGCCGGCCGCCUUCUCGCUUUUUGAGCACUAUGAGGACAGCUCGGCGCGAAGUGACCAGAUGUUGAAACAAGUGGCUGUCCCACAGCCUCCCAGACUAGAACCCCAGGAACCCAUUGCCACCGGCACGACGAUUGCGGUGUACUGGAGCAUGAACAAGGAGGACGUCGUGGACUCAUUCCAGGUGUACUGCGUGGAAGAGCAAGAUGACCAGGAAGUAAAUGAAUUGGUAGAAGAAUACAGACUGACUGUGAAAGAAAGUUACUGCAUUUUUGAAGACUUAGAACCUGACCGAUGUUAUCAAGUGUGGGUGAUGGCCAUCAACUUCACUGGAUGUAGCCUGCCCAGUGAAAGAGCAAUUUUUAGAACAGCACCUUCCACACCCGUGAUUCAUGCAGAAGACUGUACUGUGUGCUGGAAUACGGCCACUGUCAGAUGGCGGCCUGCUAACCCCGAGGCCACAGAGACCUACACUCUGGAGUACUGCAGACAACAUUCUCCUGAGGGCGAGGGCCUGAGAUCUUUCUCUGGAAUUAAAGGACUCCAGCUGAAAGUUAACCUGCAACCCAAUGACAAUUACUUCUUCUAUGUGAGAGCCAUCAAUGCAUUCGGGACAAGUGAGCAGAGCGAAGCCGCCCUCAUCUCCACCAGAGGAACUAGAUUCCUUUUGUUGAGAGAAACGGCCCACCCAGCUCUCCAGAUCUCCUCGAAUGGGACGGUGAUCAGCUUCUCUGAGAGGAGACGGCUGACAGAGAUCCCCUCCGUGCUGGGGGAGGAGCUGCCUGCCUGUGGCCAGCAUUACUGGGAAACCACAGUCACAGACUGUCCAGCCUAUCGACUCGGCAUCUGCUCCAGCUCAGCUGUGAGGGCUGGUGCCCUGGGACAAGGGGAGACCUCAUGGUACAUGCAUUGCUCUGAGCCACAGAGGUACACGUUUUUCUAUAGUGGCAUCGUAAGCGAGGUACACGCGACUGAGCGCCCCGCCCGAGUAGGCAUUCUGCUGGACUACACCAACCAGAGACUUCUAUUUAUAAACGCGGAGAGUGGACAGCUGCUCUUCAUCGUGAGGCAUCGGUUCAGUGAAGGCGUCCAUCCCGCCUUCGCCCUGGAGAAGCCUGGGAAAUGUACCCUGCAUCUGGGCAUAGAGCCCCCAGAUUCUGUCCGGCACAAGUGAUCCUGAGCGUUCAGAGUUUAGAAGAGUAAGAAUCCAAGUUUGGGGUGGAGAGCUGUUGUUCUCUCUCUCUCUCUCUCUCUCUCUCUCUCUCUCUCUCUCUCUCUCUCUCUCUCUCUCUCUCUCUCUCUCUCUCUUCCUCUGUCUCCCACACACUCGCAUUCACAAUAGCAAAGAGUGGCCAGGUCAGCAUGUGAGGAAAGCCGGGGACACCAUCUGUGAGUGGAGAGGCUGCAAACACAGCCUCCGCCCUUCCGUUCACAGUUGGAGUUGUUUCCUAAAUUCAAAGGAGUCAUACUGGACCCGGGAACCAAACCCAGAGAAAUGGACUUCCGCCUGCUUUAUCGGUCAAACAAAUCCCCCUCAGCCAGAUCGGAGAGGAGGGAAGGUUUAGUUAGUGGCACGGCACGUCUCUUCUGACAAAGAGACAUAGAUUUCUUCCACAAGAAAAUGUCACCUCACUUCACUAAAGGGUAAUGAAUCCUAGUCAUUAGAGAAAAUGUUUUAGCUGAUCUAAAUUUACAAUUAAUUCUUUUAUGAUCAUGUAUGCUGUAGAAUAUAAGCCCGACUUCUCUGAAAAUUCAAAUGUAGAAAAAUACUAGAUAUCUGAGCUUUCCAUUUUGUUAAAUAAAUGUCUAGAAUCUUAUAAAAUAAAACUUAUUGCAUGAA